AUGAAUCAGCAUGCACAAUACGGGAACACUUACAAUUCAAAUUGGAGGAAUCAUCCUAACUUCUCAUGGGGCGGAAAUCAACAGAAUCAAAAUCAGUAUAGGCCCCAAGGAAAUUUCAAUCAGCCUCAGAAGCCACCCCAACAAACAGAAGAGAGUACGAAUGACUUGUUGAAGUUGUUGCUUGACAAUCAACAGCUCGGGACCGAUUUUAGAAAUCUUGAGAGGCAAAUGGGGCAGUUAGCGGCAAAUCAAAAUACUAGACCUGCUGGAGCUCUCCCGAGUGGCACUGAGCCUAAUCCUAAAUCUCAAGUCAAUGCGGUUACCUUGAGAAAUGGAAGAGAAUUGGAAGAAGUUCUAGAGAAAAAGAAGUAUACAGCUAGACCUGAAGGAGAAUUAGUUCCUAAGCCCGUUGAGGAGAAUAAGAAAGAAAAGCUAGAAAUUGUGACAAGGCCACCACCUCCGUUUCCACAAAGACUUCAAAAGCAAAAAGAUGAUGCUAUAUACAAGAAAUUCUUAGAUAUUUUGAGCCAAGUGCGUGUGAAUUUGCCAUUGGUGGAAAUUUUGCAGGAAGUGCCUAAGUAUGCAAGGUAUCUUGGGGAUAUUGUGGCAAACAAGCAAAGACAUACAGGGUUUGAAACAGAUCCUGGGAGUUUCACAAUUUCGCUGUCUCUCGGAAAACAAGAAGUUGGUAGAGCCCUGUGUGAUUUAGGGGCUAGUAUAAAUUUGAUGCCAUCCUCUUUGUUCAAGCAACUCGGAUUGGGCGUGCUUAAACCUACUACAAUCACUUUGCAGUUGGCUGAUAGAUCACUAGUUAUGCCAGAAGAUGAGGAAGUACCUAUUAUUAUGGGGCGACCAUUGUUAGCUACUGGUGGAGCACUUAUUGAUGUUAGGGAAGGGAAGUUGAAGGUGAGAGUUGGCGAUGAGGAAAUCACUUUUAAUGUGUACAAGGCACUUAAUCUACCUAAGCAUUAUGAGGACUUGUGCAUAAUUACUGCGGUAGAACUGAAGGGGAUAAAGCAAAGUCCUUAUGCGAAUUGUAGUGAUUCGGAUGGGACGGCUGAAUUGGAGGAGGUGGUGUUGCAAGCUGAGUGA